AUGGGUCGACCGUCGGAGCGGGGUACUCCCCCAGUGGAGGCUCUGCCACCGAGUACAGAGGCCUGGAUACCCAGCGCUAUACCAGUGGCUGAGGAGCAGACCUCGGAGGCGGCGGUGAUACCACAUCACGUGCCUGGUGCUAAGAUGAGAAGUGGCGUGCCUGGCGUUACCUUCAAUGAGACUUAUCAGAUGUGGGUUGCGAGAUGGCGAGAGGAGCCCAAGGGACGAGAAAACAGCAGAACGUUCUCAGUGAAGCAAUAUGGUGCUCAUGAGGCCUUGCAAAUGGCGAUUGAUUAUAGGAGGAUGAUGGAGGAGGUCGGAAGAGUUAUGUCACGCCUGAGGGCGAAUCCGAGAAUUAAGG